CCACUGAAAGCCUUACACGUCGAAAGUUCCCCUUGGACCGAGAACGCAAAGCGUGUAAACGUUGCUUCCAUUGAAGAAACAAAAUGGCAGGCAGCGCAGCAGUCCGACCCCAUCACCGUAGCGCACUUGCACCAAAACGACCAAGAACAUGACCCCAACCUAUACACCCCCAAAAUCCAUCGCCAUAAUCGGCGGCGGCCUCGGCGGUCUCUGUCUCGCCCAAGCCCUUCACUCCACCGGCCUCUCCGUCACCGUCUACGAACGUGACUCGGCCCCCAGCGCCCGCGGGCAAGGCUACGCGAUCGGGAUCAACGCCGACGGGUACAAAGCGCUCAUCGCCGCGUGCCCGUCGCUGCUCACCAAACAUGAUAUCUUUGACGAUUGUCCAGUCAGGACGGUGUCGCUGACGGACCCGAGGUUGGAUGUCUUGGUGAAGUUUGGAACGAAUGUGUCGGGGAAGAAGGAGGAUGAGGAGCUGGGGGGGACUGUGAAUAGGGUGUUGUUGCGGGAGGGGUUGACAGAGGGGCUGUUACAGAACCAACAAGGGGAUGGGCAGAACGCGGGGAUCGUAUACGGCAAGCGGUUCUUGGAGUACGAGGUCACCGACGACGGCACCAAAGUGGUAGGCCAAUUCGACGACGGCACCACGACGGGCAAAGUCGACAUCCUCGUCGGCGCAGACGGAGGGCACUCACCAGUACGCAAACGCCUGUAUCCGCAAAUCAAGUACGAAGCUCUCGGCGUGCUCAACAUCGCGGGUGCACUCCCGCUGGCCGACAUUACCGGGUGGGAUGACCCCGAAUGCAAACUGCGACGCGCAGUAUUGGACGGCGAGAACAAGAGUAGUCUCGUCCGCGCGCUGGACCGUAACGGGGGCAGCAUGCUGUUCAUACGCUCAAGGGACCCGGCGACGCUCGAACCCAUCUUGGCGUGGGUCGUCACGCGAAAACCUGGGCAGGACGAAAUGGCGGAACUUACGCAGCGGAUGCUUGACCCGACCACGUCCACGAUCAAAGUCAAACAGAUUUUACACGACUACUGCCUCUCCAUCACCACCCGACAUAACUACCAUCCGUCCAUCGUCGCCCUCCUGCGCGCCACCCCAGCAACGGGUAUGCUAGCCUCAUCAUCGCACGACCCUGAGAGCCUACAGUCCCGGUCAACCCGCAUUCCCGGCGACCUUCCCACACCGCCCACCCGCAUCGUCCUCCUCGGCGACGCAGCCCACGCAACGACCACACACGGCGGAUUGGGCGCCAACACCGCUUUUCGGGACGCCAUUGAACUCGCGGACGCUAUCAAGAAGGUUUUGAAAGACGGCGGGGAUGUACCAGUGGCAAUGGGAGCGUAUCAUGCGAAGAUGUUUGCGAGGGGGAAGGAGGUGAUUGCAUUUAGUGUACGAGGCACGGGGAUGAAUACGAUGGGCGGUUUCAGGGCGUGGCUGAGAGAUGGGAUUAUGAGGAUUGUGGCGGCGGUUAUCUGGGUGAGAAGGUUGGUGAAGGGGGUACCUGGGUGAGUGAACGAUUGCAGGACGGUGGGAUAAUGCUGUACAGUGCGGGGGUUGGGGUGAAGAUGCUUCUUAUACAUUAUAUGUAUGUGAUGUAUUCAGAGGCGUCGUUCAUAGAACCUACUGUGUUGGCGCGAGGACCAUCAGGUGGGAAUUGGCGGUAUUUGCUCUGAGAAUCCUUCCCAUAGGGCUUCGUCAGAUGUCAGUUCGUCGGCUUUUUGUUGUCACGAUCAUAUAAAGCAUUCCUCCUUUUGGUGAAUCAUUCAGAUACAGAAUAAAUUGACAAGAAGAUAUGAAGCAC